CUCUGCCUCUCACUCUGUUCGCAGUCGCCCUCACGUCAACGUUCUCUUUCCCCUUGAGCUGCCAGCUUGUUCCCCUCCUCCACGGACAUUUUGGGACUGCCACAACACACCCGCCAUGGAACAGCUCCUUGCACAGCUGCAGAUGGCCUCAGGCCAAAACGCAGGACCUGCCGUUGAUCGCCCCAUGGUCGACUCUGGCGAGACCAUUCACAUCUCCAGCCUCGCGCUUCUCAAAAUGCUGAAGCACGGUCGUGCUGGCAUUCCCAUGGAGGUCAUGGGUCUCAUGCUUGGCGAAUUUGUGGACGACUACACAGUUCACGUCAUCGACGUGUUUGCCAUGCCCCAGAGCGGAACGGGCGUGAGCGUCAAGGCCGUCGACCCCGUGUUCCAAACGAAGAUGCUUGAUUCGGUAGCCAUUACGUACUACGUCGUCAUGGUGGUUGGCUGGUACCAUUCACAUCCCGGGUUUGGGUGCUGGCUCUCUGGCGUGGACAUCAACACGCAGCAGAGCUUUGAGGCUUUGAACCAGCGCGCCGUCGCCGUCGUCAUUGACCCCAUCCAGAGCGUCAAGGGCAAGGUUGUCAUUGACGCGUUCCGCCUGAUCAACCCGCAGUCGAUUGCGCUUGGCAUGGAGCCGCGGCAGACGACGUCCAACCUCGGUCACCUGCAGCGGCCCUCCGUUGCCGCCCUGGUGCACGGCCUCAACCGCCACUACUACUCGCUCGCCAUCAACUACCGCAAGAACGAGCUCGAGCAGAAGAUGCUGCUGAACCUGCACAAGCAGUCGUGGGAGUAUGGCCUGACGCUUGAGGACUACGAGCACCACUGCCAGGCAAACGAGAAGACAGUCAAGGAGAUGCUUGACCUGGCAAAGCUCUAUCACAAGUCUGUGGAGGAGGAGAUGACGAUGAAGCCGGAGCAGCUUGCCAUCCGGCACCACGGCAAGCGCAACCCGAAGCGGCACCUCAAGGACAAGAUUGAUGUGCUCAUGACAUCCAACAUCACGCAGUGCCUCACAGCCAUGGUCGACGCCGUUGUGUUCAAGUAA